CAUUUGAGGAAGAAUGGAGGCAGUAGCAUUUAAUCGCAUGCUUGCUACUCCUAGCCCAAAGAGCAAUUCUUGCAAAACAUUUCUGACGUUACUAGACUUCAUUUUACAUUGUUUUUCUCAGAUGAGCCACUCUACAAUUUAGAGUUGUUAGUUGCUUUGUAUGUUUUUUUUAACCCUGUAGAAGUUACACUCUCAGGGAGAUAUAAAUGAUCUCUUCUCAGUUUGUUUUCCCAGUGAUUUCAAAAUAAAGUGUUGGUUAUUAUUGCAGAAGCUUUUGGUACUUUAUUAAUUAAAGGCCAUGCUUUGUGCUUACAGUUAUGUUUAAUGAAUGUUUCACAGAUUUCAGUGUUUUUAUCAUGUAACUGUGUAUGCAUUAUAAACUUAAUAAAAUGUCCAGGAUGAAAUACAAGGAUUAAUGAGCCCCUAGACCUCUUGAUUUGAUAAGAAUGGUGUAUAGAAAAUGCUUCUGUCAGCAUUUUAGUUAAUUGCAAAUGAGACUGUUUAAUAGUGACUAUUCCAAGAUAUAAGAUACAUAGGACCUUGCAUAAUGGUCAGUAAAUUUGUUUACCUUCUCUGUGUAACUUUGUAUGCUUUGGGAAGCUAUUGUACACUCUUAAAAGUAUGUAGUGUGGUAGAAGUGAUAAAACUUUAUAUACAGUGUUUAAAUUUUCUUUGCUGUUGCCAAUUUAUAUCCUCUGGGGGAAGAAUCACCUCUUUUCCUCCAGAGAGAACUCUUGAUUUCAUCACAGGCCUAUCAGAAGAAGUUUCUGGUUUUAAGCUUUCAUGUGGAAGGUUAGCCAUUUCCACCGUGUGCACCUGUCCCAUUUCGGUUAUGUUUCCUAGGAGGCAAAUUUCUUGUAAAGACUGCAUGUAGACCUCCAGUUCCAGUUACCAUCAGUCAUAUUUGUAGUGAAACUCCCAUUUUUUUUUUCUAAAAGUAGAAGGUGACUUCACAUAAUGUAUCUGGAGUAGAGCAGAAAAAAUAGUAUGCCUGUGUUCCCUUGGGACUCAUUGGACAUUGUACAGUGACAUCUUCUGGGAUUUAGUCUGGGGUGUGCAGACUGGUGCCUAAGAUGGAAGUAGAUGUUAAUGGAGAGUCCAGAAGUACCCUGGCCACCCUGCCCUUGCCUGUGGCGGAGGCGAGCUCCCCAGGAAAGGCAGAAGCAGAGAAGCCGCGCUGUUCCAGCACGCCGUGCUCGCCGAUGCGCCGGACUGUGUCGGGCUACCAGAUCCUGCACAUGGACUCUAACUAUCUGGUGGGCUUCACAACUGGUGAGGAACUCCUGAAGUUAGCCCAGAAGUGCACAGGAGGUGAAGAGAGUAAGGGAGAAGCUGUGCCUUCCAUGCGCUCCAAGCAGCUGGAUGCAGGACUUGCACGUUCCUCUCGUUUGUAUAAAACCAGAAGUAGGUACUACCAGCCAUACGAGAUUCCGGCGGUCAAUGGCAGGAGGCGAAGGCGGAUGCCCAGCUCGGGAGACAAGUGCACUAAAUCUUUACCUUAUGAACCUUACAAGGCCCUCCAUGGGCCCCUGCCUCUUUGUCUUCUUAAAGGUAAGAGGGCUCACUCCAAAUCUCUGGACUACCUCAAUCUAGAUAAAAUGAACAUCAAGGAGCCAGCCGACACCGAAGUGCUCCAGUACCAGCUUCAACACCUAACCCUCAGAGGGGACCGUGUGUUUGCUAGGAAUAACACAUGAAUGACUUACAGAGAGUGCAGACCAGUCUAGGCCAGCCUGCGCUUGGCGGGAAAAGACCAGUCUAGGCCAGCCUGCGCUUGGCGGGAAACCCACUGUUGUACUCUGUACAGGACUCUUCAUGUUACAGAUGGUUAUAUCAGCUCAGCGUUCCUGGAACAGAAAAAUUGUUUGGAUCAGAUUUCAAAUGCAGGGAUGAAAUCACAGGUACUUUGGGGGAAAUCAUUCUAGAGCACGCAACUGCAAAGAACACAGAAUGUUGGCCGUUAGUCUGUAUAGCUUUUUAGCUAGGAAAAAAGGCUUCGGGUACAGUAAUACCAUCUUUAUGAUUCUGACACUCAAAUUGGGAAUGUUAUAUGCUUGGUUGUUGCUGACUUGGUAUGAUUCAUUAGAAAUUGAUAUCCUUAAGUACUCAAGUACUUCUUUAAUCUCUGUAUUUUACUAUAAAAUGUAUGUAAUGAUUUGUUUUACGAAAUUUAGAACUUGAACAUUGCUGAAUUGGACCACUUUUUAUUUUUAAAUAUUGAGUUUAAAGAUUUUAUAACUGGUUUUGCACUGAAAAAAUUAACAUUUCAGAUUGACAAGAGAAUAAUCUUUCUUCACUUGCCUCAAUAAUACUAUUGAGCAAUGAAUUUUUUUAUUUCCGCAUGGAAAGUUAUUGAUCUCUAUGGCUGUAAAAUAUUUCUUUAUAGCAUUAUUAAAGUGUGUCUUAAUACAAUUAAAUUUGGGAUACAAAGUAUUUAUUUUACAAUGGGUGGGGGGAAGCUUUUCCAGAAAGUUUCCAAUAUGAAGUUUUCCUAAGUUAAAAAAGUUUCCUUAGUGCUUACUUUCUAAGUUAAAAUUCAUCUGGAACUUUAAAAUGGAAAGGAUUCUUUUAAUUGUGGAUGAUAGGCAUAAUACUGUUUGCAUCUGAAUGUUCUGUAAGUGAAUGAAACUUUAAUAGAAGGACUCAUGAUUUCUACUAUCGAAUGCUUAAACUAAGUAUGAAGUGAUACCAUUCAGCAUGGCAUCGGGUCAUUCCAGUUUUAGUUCUGUGCAGCUCAAAGCGCUCAUUGAAAUUUCAGUUUCUAGGAUUAGUGUGGGAGCCUAAAGGGCUUCUACAGUUUUAAUGGGUUAAUCCUGGAUUACUUAACAAUUUAUGUCAAUUGCACUGGUUUAAUUUGUUGCUAAAGAAAUAAUGCCCUGGCUUUAGUAACAAAUACCGCUCAACUAUUCUUGAAUAUAUUUUGAGGAAAAUGUAUGUAACUUAACCUUUUGUAAAAGUUUCUAUUUUUUUUUUUUCUUUUUUGACUCUUGAAGGUGCAAUUUAUUACCGAAUUGGCAUUCCUGGCAGCAUAGAACUGCUUAUUUGAAAUUUUAUUUUGGAGACUGUUUCUUAGGUGUUAGCCAUCUUGCUUAUAAAAUAAGAACACCUUUUAUUAAUGAGUGGGUCAUUCCUGGUGCAGAUAAUGACUUUUAUUUAGCCAGAAUGAAUGGCUAACUCUAUGUAGAGCAGAGUAAGUAUUAGAAAACCCUAGGAACGCUUUAAAUCAACAUUUAUUAUACUUUCACUGAGGCAAAUCAUGUGAAAGAGCCUUGGGGAAGUUGACCCAUAUCUUAAGACUGUGUUGGUCAGAUUUCUUGGUGGGCUGGAAAUUUUCAGCUGUUGUAUAUUUUAAAGUAAAUUGCACCUUUGUAACAUAUUGUAUUGACGAAUGAUCACUAAGAUUAACUAUAUCUAUACAGUCAUUAGUUUGACAAGAAAUAGAAUCCUGUCAGAUGCCAAAGAGUUGGGAUUUUUACGUUUAAUGAUUAAACACCGUUAUUUAUUGAUGAUUUACCCUGUGGAACUGUAUUAUUUCUAACUAUGAAAUAAAAGGGUGAUGUAAACACA